CACACGCGUGCCGCCAUCAUCCGACACCAUGAAGGCCCGAGCACCCCUCCACCCCCUCCUCCCGCUCCUCUGCAUGGCGGCCUUGGUUUGCGCAUCGGCCCCUGACACCGACGGCGGCGUCGGUGACAGCAACAAGCAGCGCAGCGUCUGGGACGAGCCUGUGCGCUUCAGCACCAAGUCCAAGGACUCGUGCACCAUGGCGGUGUCGGCAGCCGGGGACCACACCCGCCUGCGGGUGUCCUGCAAGGGUCCCGGCCAGGGCCAGGCGGCGGGGCGCUCCUACCACUGCGACUUCCAGGGGAAGCCCGACCUGUGCCGUGCCUACACCCUCAACCCCCGCCACUACUUCACCCAGAUGAUGUGGGAGCUCAGGAAGCUCGGCCACGCCUGUCAGGGCGCCAAGAUCUACCGGCCACCCAUGUGCAAGAAACACCCCGACGACGUCCAGAUGACUUUCCUGUCCGCCUGGCCCAGGACCGCCAAAGCAUCCAAGCCCGCCCAGGCCACCCGGAAGCCGCCCAGGCCUCAACCCGUCAAGCCUCAUCCGGGAAAGGUCCCCCAGGCCCGGAAGACCACCCCCAAGCCCGCAAAGGCCACCGCCCGGCCCACGGAGCCGCCCCAAUCCAAGGCUUCCCGCAUGGCUUCCGAGUACUGCUGGAAGAGCUUCCAUGGAAUCUGCUCCUACGUCCUUGGCUGGUUCCACAACUGAACAAAGGUGGGAAAAUCCUUCAUGUCCAUCCUGGACUUCACGUGGACUCCAUAUCCUCCUCAUCCUCAUCCUCCUCAUGAAAAAGUCAAUAAAGUAUUU